AUGGUGGUGACCAUCAAGAGCUCUCAUGUAGUGAAACCAGCCAAACCAACAUGGACUGGCCGCGUUUCCCUUUCUGAAUGGGAUCAAAUAGGAACAAUAACUCAUGUUCCCACUAUCUACUUCUACAAAUCAUCACCGAAAUGGCCUACGCAAUCCAAUGCUAUUAUCAAUAACCUAAAAGACUCAUUGAGCCAUGCCUUGGUGCCAUUUUAUCUACUAGCCGGCCGUUUACACUGGAUAGGUCGUGGGCGCCUCGAGCUUGAGUGCAAUGCCAUGGGUGUUACACUCACUGAGGCUGAAUCUGAAUCCAAGCUUGAAGAUCUUGGCGACUUACCAUCUCCAGAGUACCAAUACCUAAUCCCAAAUGUUGACUACACUGUUCCAUUACAUGAACUGCCUCUAUUGCUAGUGCAACUCACCAUUUUCCAAUGUGGUGGUAUUAGCCUAGGUUUGAGAAUAUCCCAUGCUGUUGUUGAUGGGAAAAGUGCACUUCAAUUUAUGUCUGAGUGGGCAAGAAUCAGCCGUGGUGAGCCAUUAGGCACGCUUCCUUUUCUUGACCGUAAGGUCUUGCGAGCUGGGGAUCCCCCUGUGGCUCGGCCACAGUUUGAUCAUGCGGAGUUCGGUCUUCCACCGCUACUGUUGGGGGAGUUGAGUAAUGCUGAAGAGAGGAAAAAGAAGACAACUAUAGCCAUGCUGAGGCUGACCAAAAUUCAGGUUGAGAAAUUAAAGAAUAUGGCUAACGAGGGAAGAAGUAUAGAUAGUGGCCGUGGUUAUACUAGUUAUGAGACCUUGACUGGACAUGUUUGGAGGUCUGCUUGUAAAGCUCGUCGACACAAACCUGAGCAACCAACUGCUUUAGGUGUCUGUGUUGAUUCACGUGGACGUAUGCAGCCACCUUUGCCUGAUGGUUACUUUGGCAAUGCUUCUCUUGAUGUCAUUGCAGUUAGUCAAGCCGGCGAACUCUUGUCAAAACCUUUGGGAUAUGCUGCAAGUAAAAUAAGGGAAGCAAUUGAAACGGUGACAAAUGAGUAUGUGAUAUCUGCAAUUGAUUUCUUGAAGAAUCAACCAGACUUGACCAGGUUUCAAGACAUCCACGCACUGGGAGGUGCUGAAGGGCCCUUUUAUGGGAACCCAAAUAUUGCGGUUGUUAGCUGGUUAACCCUGCCUAUUUAUGGCCUUGAUUUUGGGUGGGGAGAGGAGAUUUAUAUGGGACCAGGAACUCAUGAUUUUGAUGGGGACUCAUUGCUUCUGCCAAGUCCUAAUGAAGAUGGGUCAGUGAUUCUUGCAAUAUGUUUGCAGGUGGCUCAUAUGGAAGCUUUUAAGAAAUGCUUCUAUGAAGAUAUCUUGUCUAACAGCCUGCAGGCAUAG